AGCCUUGCGCGUAAAGAUCAAAUUUGCUUUCGAUUUGAGAUCUCGUUGAUGCAAUCGUAUCGCACCAUGGAAAAUUGCCGGUAUCCGUAGGAAUUCCGACCGCAGCAGUAGAAAUUGUAGCACCCGGCUGCCAAACCCUGUCCUCCCGCCGUUCAAUUCCAAUGAUAUCAGACGGAUCAUAAGAAAAAAUCGCCUUCAGCUCUCCAGAGUCUUCACCCCUACGAGAACGACAAAAUGUCAGUGCAGGAGUAUCUGGAUAAGCACAUGCUUUCCCGGAAAAUCGAAGACGCCGUCAAUGCUGCCGUCCGGGCAAAAACUAACGAUCCCGUCCUCUUCAUCUCUAAUCAUAUGAGAAAAGCGGUGCCUUCGGUGAUUACUAAGCUGAAAGCGAGGCAAAUUCUCGACAGCAGAGGAAUUCCUACAGUCGAAGUGGAUUUGUACACAAAUAAAGGCAUGUUUCGAGCUUCUUCUCCCAGUGGUGCUUCUUUGGGAAUGUAUGAGGCCAUGGCUAUCGAGUUACGUGAUGCAGACAGAGGGAUGUAUCUUGGGAAUGGUGUGAGUAAAGCAGUUAAGAAUAUUAAUGAGAAAAUAUCUGAAGCUUUGAUUGGUAUGGAUCCAACACUUCAGUCUCAAAUUGAUCAGGCUAUGAUAGAUUUGGAUAAAACAGAUAAGAAGGGAGAUCUUGGAGCAAAUGCCAUUUUAGCUGUAUCUAUGGCUGCUUGCAAAGCUGGAGCUGCUGAAAAGGAGGUCCCACUUUACAAACACAUUGCUGAUCUUUCUGGAAAAACCAACCUGCUUCUUCCUGUCCCUGCCUUCACUCUCAUAAGUGGUGGACAGCAUGCAGGAAACAACUUAGCUAUACGGGGAAUUAUGAUUCUCCCUGUGGGAGCAAAAAGAUUUGAGGAGGCAUUGCAAAUGGGCUCUGAAACCUAUCAUCAUUUGAAGGCAGUUAUAGCAGAGAAAUGUGGUGCACAUGGAUGCAAUGUUGGUGAAGACGGUGGGUUGGCUCCAAACAUAUCAAGCUUUAAAGAAGCUCUUGACCUUAUUGAGGAGGCUGUAGGGAGAACAGGAUACAACGAGAAAAUUAAAAUUGCUAUUGAUGCUGCUGCUACUCAGUUUUGCAUAGGCACAAAGUAUGAUUUGGAUUUUAAAACUCCAAAUAAAUCAGGACAAAAUUUUAAGUCAGGGGAGAAUAUGGCUGAGUUGUACAGUGAACUCUGUACAGAGUAUCCAAUUGUAUCAAUUGAAGAUCCAUUUGACAAAGAAGACUGGGAACAUACGAAGAACUUUUCUGGCCUUGGAAUAUGCCAGGUAGUUGGAGAUGAUUUAUUAAUGUCGAAUCCUAAACGUAUUGAGAGGGCCAUACAGGAAAAUGCGUGUAAUGCCCUUCUUUUAAAGAUUAAUCAGAUUGGGACUGUAACUGAAGCUAUUGAAGUAGUGAAGAUGGCUAAGGAUGCCCAUUGGGGAGUGAUGAUAUCCCAUAGGAGUGGUGAAACAGAGGACACAUUCAUAGCUGAUUUAUCCGUUGGCCUUGCGAUAGGUCAGAUUAAAGCAGGAGCACCUUGCCGUGGAGAGCGACUGGCCAAGUACAACCAGCUGAUUAGAAUUGAAGAGGAACUCGGGGAUCAAGCAGUUUAUGCAGGGCAGGACUGGAGGCAAUGCUGAUAUUUUUCUUCAAUUUCUAUUUCAAGAUUUUGUCCUGUCUAUGCUGAUGUACAAUAUCAAGCAAUAUAUACUGCCAUCAUGCUGAUUUUUUAAAGUCCAACAUUUCUUGGAUCGAAUACGAAGCGGAGUUAAGGUCAUCAAGGUUGUCUUUCUCAUGCAGUCAUGCAAGACACUCUGGGAACACAUAUCUGUUCUUUUGGCGACUUGUAUUGUUUCUUCGAAGAGCUAUAAACUCACAUGAAACCAAAGGUUCAUAAUUCGAAAAAGCCGUUACAUAUAGUCAUAUACUAUGUGGUUACUAUUUGGUAUUAUCAUAUGGACAAAGGGUAAUUUAGUAGAACCUACAAAGCCAUAUCCUUAAGAUUUGAGCUCUUGCUUGUUUGCUCAAUUGAGCCCUUAACUAGGCAUGGACCCAGUCUUGAUUUUAAACAAGUGAACGGUGGACCCAGUCUUGUUUUUGAAUCUGAAAGACUGAAACCUCAAUCAGGUCUGAAAACAGCACUGCUAAUCGGUUAUUUUUCAACCGGCUAAUUUGGUGUGUGAAAUGGGAUUGUAUUAGAAGUAUUUGAUAUUGAUUCUGUUGUAUCUAAUAGAGAAUUAGUUUAAAGUGUUUGGAUGAAUUGUUGUUUUUACUUUUUAUGAAGGAUGAAUUGCAGUUGAUAAUUAGU